CUCUCUGCUCCAAACCCAGCCCCCAGAAGUCAUUCCACGCUUGAGGACGUGAAGCUUCCGAAGUCCCAACCGGAUGUCUGUGGAGAAGUUAUGGUCCAGCGGGGCCCCAGCCUCCUUGGUGCCCGUAGAGGAACUGAAGAACCCACAGUUCAUUGGCAAAGGUGGAUUCGGUGCAGUAUUCCGGGCCCAGCACAGGUCUUGGGGUCACGAUGUGGCUGUCAAGAUCGUGAACUCGGAGAAGAUCUCUAGGGAGGUGAAGGCCAUGGUAAAUCUGCGCAGCGAGUUUGUGCUGCUUCUGCUGGGGGUCACAGAGAAGCUGCAGUGGGAAUACCUGUCAGGGCCGGCUCUGGUGACUCAGUUCAUGGAAAACGGUUCCCUGGCAGGGCUCUUGGAUCCCCUCUGCCCUCGGCCCUGGCCCCUCCUUUGUCGACUGCUUAGGGAACUGGUUCUAGGAAUGUGUUACCUGCACAGCCAGAACCCGGUGCUUCUACACAAGGACCUCAAACCCUCCAACGUCCUGAUGGACUCAGAGCUGCAUGCCAAGGUGGCAGAUUUUGGCCUCUCCACAUUUAUGGGAGGCUCGCAGUCUGAGGCAGGAUCAGGAGAGGCGGGGGGCACACCAGCCUACUUGGCCCCAGAGCUUUUGGCUGACAUAAACCAGCGGGCCACCCAGGCCAGUGAUGUCUACAGCUUUGGGAUCCUAAUGUGGGCAGUGCUGGCCGGAAGAGAAGCUGACAUAGUGUCCCAAACAUCAGCGGUGCGGGAAUCCGUGUGUAAGAGGCAGAUGACCCCCCCCUUGACUGAGCUGCCACGGCCCAGCCCUGAGCGGCCUGGCUUGGAAGGACUGACAGAGUUAAUGCAGCGCUGCUGGAAACAUGAGCCCAGAGACCGGCCCACCUUCCAAGAUUGUCGACCAGAAACCAAAAAAGCCCUCAGUCUAGUAGGAGAGGCACAAGUCGAUGCCGCAGUCUCCACAGUGAAAAAGUAUCUGUCUGAGCACAGGGGCAGCAACAUGAGUUUGUUUGUCCCCAUGCCUGACACAGAAAGGCCAGCCAUGGGUGACUCUAGGGGAGCCACAGACAGCAAUAACGCCAUGAUCACUGAGAGGCUGAGCAACCUGACUCUGAAGGAGGCCGCGAACUCUGACCCUGACGGAUGUACAGGCUUGCCUGAGCAGAUGAGGGCACAGGAAGAGAUGAGCCAGUAUGUCCAGAUGGCAGGGGUACAUUCUCCUUCAACAGCCUACCCUCCCCCAAGUCCAGAGACCCCUCCUGUCAGAAACUGGAUGCCCGGCUUCACCUCAUCUUGGUGCCAAGAAGCUGGACCUACAGGGAAUCAGAGAGAUGGAAGACAAGGCACCAACUGGCCUCCCAGGGCCCCGAGACCAAAUCCAGAACCAGGGACACAAUCUGUUUUCACACUGAACUGCCAGGGGGUGCAGUUUGGAAACAACAACUACUUGGUUAUUCAACAAGGAACUGCCCCGUUGCAUGGCCCGACGCCUUGGGUACCUAGGCACGGGCAGGGUGCCCCUCACCAUUAGGUUCAAAGAAGGCCUGCAAGAGCCUGCAGUCUGGAGUGACCAGCAGUGCCCAUACAAGAACAGGAGAAAUGGAGGCCGCUAACCAAGACUUUGAGAGCCCAGAAAUGAUUUUGUACCUCCAAGAGUCAAUA